GGCGCACGUCGCCCCCGCCAGCAUGCAGCUGGCGCGGCCGAGGCGCGCGGCGGCGGCCGCGCCCGCGAGCUGGCAGCCCGGGCGCCAGACGCGCGGGAGGGCUGCGCUGGAGCAGGCGCUGCGACGGCCGCUCCCAGCAGAGCCCAUACCGCAGCCUCCGCUGCCGCAGCCAGGGGCGACGGAGGAGCCGGCCGCUGCGCCCCAAGAGGCGGCGCUGUUCGUGCUCACACGCGCGGCCGCCCCGAGGGCGCCCGGCUCGCUCCCGCUGCAGCGGGGCCUCGCGGACUCGCCCUGGGGCGCCCCGGCGCGCGGCAGGCAGCCGGUGAGCGAGCGCGUGCCGCGCUCGCGAGAGCGGGCCGGCGCGCAGCCGGGGCCCGCGCAGCCGCCCACGAAGGGCGCCCUGGCGGUCCGGGGCAUGCUCCGCGCGGCGCAGGGCUCGGACAUGGGCGCUUGAGGCGCCGCAUGCAUGCGCGGGGGCCGCUGGCGACCCCAGCGGGCCCGCGGGUGCCCCGUGAGUCCGCGCGCGCGCGGCGCUCGGGCAGAGGCCCUGCUCGCCCGCCGCCAGGGGCGCGCGGCGGCGCCUCGGCGCGCAGCUGCGGGGCGGCGGCGCCCCGCCGCGCCUGCCUCCGUCCUCCGUGCCGUCGCUGGUGGUGUCACUGCGGCGGGGGAGGCGCCCGCCGCAAAGCCCGGCGCGCCCACGGGGUCCCCGAGAUGCUCGUGGGAGGUCCAUGGGAGAGGUGCAGGGCCAGUCAUGGGCGUUGUCGCGAAUAGCACGCAGGUGCCUGCGAGGUGGCUGGCCUUCGCGAGAGCCGGGUGCCCACGCGGCCCAGCAUGCGUUGCUGGCGCUCGGCCCCCCCGUGUGGACGGGCCCGCUGGCUUGGCGCAGCGUGUGUCCAGCGCGAGACCUCCGCAGUUUCCACAUGCGGCCGCGAGCCGGAACUUCGGCCGAGUCCGUUCGGAUCGACACGCCGUGGUCGGCGCUACGGGGGGAAGCGCCCAUUUCGGCCAGGUCUGGGGGCCGGUAGGGGCCUACAGCCCUUGUGUUCCCCGCUUUCGCCCCUCUCCGCAGAGCGUCGGCGUCGAGGAUCCAGAUGCUCCCGCGCGGACGUGAAUGCAGGCACCACCACGUGUGCUUCUGGCUUACUGGUGCGUGAACUCUGCCGAAGACCCGUUUCCCCCAUGCCGAAAUACAGUUCCGUGGGCCACCUGCUGUCAGGCUGGUUCGUUUGUUUGAUGAAUUUAUUUUUGAGCACCGGCCUCCGCGCGCAAGUAUUUUCAGAGGCCCUUUGGGCUCCCCGAGCCCUCAGCGCGGCCUCACACGAAUUACGGGCAGGUCACUCUGUCGGGCGCGGCAGGGGGCCGUGGCGUACGAUUCCACGGGUCCCUGGCGGCCUGGAGAGGGUAAGCUAGUAGGUGACGACGGCGGCCUGGAUGCAAAGUCUCUAGCCGCGCUUCAGCAGCUUACGCCCGUGCAGCUGGGCGCUCUUCCGUGUCGCGUCGUGGUGCCGCCGCGCUGUGGUGUGAUCCGGUGCUUGCGCUCAAAAA